AUGGCGUACGUUGAGCGAGGUGUUGUGAAAUCCAAGCGAUCCAUUUGGCGACUCAAGACGAUAACCGACUUCUUUUGGGCCAUUGUCAACCUCAUAGGCGUGUUUUUUGCUACAAUGUUCUCGAUGGAAAAGUCGGAUGCUUACAGAAAAGGAUUAGCUUCUGGAAAGAAAUGGGAUGGUGGUGGCCCCGGAGGCCCUGGAGGGGGACCAUAUGGUGGUCGUCCACGUGGACCACCUCGUGGUCUAGACAAUGUUCGUGGAAUUGACCAUAGUUCUCUACCUGCCUGUGGUUCCUGCUGCGGUUAA